AUGCGCUUUUCAGUCCCAGUUGUUGCUGUCCUCACCACCACCGCUUUCGGUGCGCCCAGCCUAAUUGCGCCCAUAGACACUAUCACCACCGGUAUCGAACAGGCCCUUACACUUGCCCUCCAAGCUGCCAGCUGCAGUGUACUUAGUUGUGUCUCUGUCGUUACAUCUGCCGGAUGCAUUGGUACAGGCAUCACUGCUGGAAGCGUGCCUCUUGUCCUUCAAUGUGUUGGCGGUGAAACCUCGAAGCUGUGCGGCUGCGCCGGUUGCGUUCCUGCCCUUGGCGACUUCUUGGGCGGGAAUGGUGUCUGCUAGGGUGCCGACGAACUGGACGAUUCGGUUUAAUUCAGAUGUCAGGAAGAUGGGAUAUUGUUCAGGGACAUAAGACAGAGUAAAUUAAG